AUGAGCAGCCCCAACGACCGGAAAUACACCGAAUCCCACGAAUGGCUCAAACUCGAGGGCGACACCGUCACCCUGGGGAUCACGCCCUUCGCGGUGAGCGAACUGACCGAUAUCACGUACGUCGAGAUGAAGCCCGUGGGCAGCGAUUUCGGCGCCGGCGACUCCGUCGGCGAGGUCGAGUCCGUCAAGGCGACGAGCGACAUCUACACCCCCGUCGGGGGCGAGGUCGUCGAGAUCAACGAGGCGCUCAACGACGACCCCUCGCUCGUCAACGAGGACCCGCUCGGCGCCGGCUGGCUCGUGAAGCUCAAAGUCGCCGACGCCUCCGGGCUCGACGCCCUCAUGGACUCGGGCGCCUACGACGAGAAGUACAACGGCUGA